CGCACCGGACGAAAAAACUCCCAAAAGAACUUGUUUAUGUCUGUAAAAUUUUUUGACAUUUAAUUUUGAUUCCUUUCUUCAAAAGAGUUUUUGUUUGUUUGACAAAAACGAAACAACGGAAAGCAGGCGAAAUAAAGGAUUGCGAGUCCGGGCAACUUCCGUCCAUGCAACAAAAAAAAUAUUUAAGUGAAUAAUUUUUGUGUGAGAGCACAGCAAAUACCGAGAAAUCCUUGAAACUUGCAAGCAAACAAGGAAAAAAUAUUUUUAAAUAAAUAAAAACAGAGUUUUUCGUGUGUGUAUUUUCCGUAUGCGACGCACAGCACAGGAGAGAAAAGUUAGUUCAUAAAAAAUCGAAGCUUGUCGUUGUCAUUGUCGUCGUCGUCGUCGUUGGCGGCAGGCAACAAUAUAAUCAUAUAAAUAUAACUAGAAAAAAAAAUAAAAUAAAAUUGUUUCAAAAAAAAAAAAUCAUCAACAAAACAUUUUUACAUUUAACGGAGUGAAGCAGCGUCAAUGUCUGUCUAAAUCGCCACAGCAGAAAUUUUAAAGCACACCAAAGUGGAUGAUCUCAUAACAUUAUUAACGACAGACAUAAUGACACCAUAUGCUCCUUAUUACAUUUCAACGGCACCAAGCAAAUCCAAAACAGCGACUCGUUGUCUGCAAAAGUGAACGAAGAAUGUUUCUCACUUCAUCAACCAUCAUCGUCGAAGUGAAAGGGGAAAAUAAUUAAAAAAAAAAAAAGUUGUCCUCCCCAAAAAAAACUUGAGUUUGAAUCCAUCAAUUAUUGGAAUCCUUUUUGUUGUCCGGGGCAAUUGAAAAAUGUCUCCUCCGCAAAAUGAUUUAUUGUCAAUUGCGAAACGGAAGAAAUUGUCGUCGUCACAAAGGGACAAAUUCCGUCGCUUUCUCUCGACGUUAUUAACGGCCGGUGCCACAAUUUCGGUGACCCUUUAUUUGUUACAACAACCCAUGUUUGUUGCGUCCGAGGAGACAUCUUCCAUUACGACAAAUCGCAGUAAUAAUUUAAUACGAGAACAAAUUAAGACAAACACAAAUAGCAACCACAGCAGCAGUAGCAGCAACAGCAACUCCAAUGAUAGUAAUAAUAACAUAACUAAUGAAAAACAAAUACCAUUAGUACGACUGCCAUCAAAUACGUUACUCAAAUAUACAGCUUACAAGGAUGUAUCAAUACUACAUUUUCGCAUUCCCGUGGACACACAAACGGCAUUGUUUAGCUUUAAGGCGUACGAGGAAUCCAAAAGUGCCUUUACUCGCCAAUGUACUCCACAAGACAUAACUCUACAUUUGAAAGCUGGCAGUUAUCCUGUCAUUAGUCCAGAAAAUAUUACCUUUCCGAAGCAUUUUUUAGAUGCCGAUCAACGUUAUGAGAUCCAUACGCUUCAGUUCAAGUCGGAUGGGCAAAUGCGGCGUUUGAGCAUAGAUGGACCAAAGUUUGGAAAUUGGUUUGGAAUUGGCUUCAUUUCGUGGACAGAUCCCAAUAAUGAGCGCAUCGAACAGCAAGGUCUCUCGCCGUCCUGCGAAACGCUCUUGUUAUCGGAAAUGGCCGUCAUUCAAAUACAACCCAUUAUAAUUCAUCCCGAGUUGCUGCACACGAAUCGUCUCUCGGUGAACAGCAGCGACGCCAUGUGCUACAAAUUCUAUGUGCCGAGCAAUGUUGCGAUUGUAACGUGGCACAUGCGAAUAACAAAACCUUGUCAAUCAUGUCCAGACAUGGGUUUCUACGUGCAAUCAAAUGGACUGCCGUCGCUCAAGUCCUACCUCCACAACACAAUAAUGGCUGUCAAUCAGAGUGGCGAGGUGGCAAUUGAAUUUUAUCCGCAAGAGAAUGCCUGGCACUAUGUCGACUUGGAAUUCGUUCUAAUUGACGGCAAUGCGACUUCUUUCAAUGGCGAAGUGGAAUUUGCUGUUUCGCUGACAUUCCAUGAAGACACGGAAAAUCUCGAAGAACCCGAAGAAGGCGAGGAGAUUAUCGAACGCGCUGGUCGCAAAUUCGUUCAUUAUCCGUUGCUGCGACAAACGUACCGCGAAUUUUUCAUGUUUGACUACGACUUGUUGCCAGAUGAGAAUGGAACGGUUCCCGUUAGUCUCAAUCUGACCGGAGGCAUGCCAACUGCGAUGAAAUUCGAUGUGGGCGAUGUUUACGAUAUUGGAGGCACUUUAAGCUUCGCGAUCGCUAUGAAACUUGAUAUUAAGGGAAAUUUCAUCGAAAGUCCGCCACGGAUUAAAGACGAUGUCGAUGACGGAGAAUUGAUUGCGGAGAAACUUGUCGAUACGGAAGGCGGUUAUGAGGAAACGAAAGUAAUUUUGCACAGCAAUCAAACAAUUGUGAUUUGUAUGAGGCUGGAAGAGCCUGGGAUUCCUCAAUGGCCGGACAAAUGCAUUUAUGGGAAUUCAGUUUUUCCCGCGACGAGUGUCAUUAACAAUACGGACACAGAUACAGGUACCGGCCUAAUCCACGUCCCAUUCCCCGAAAGUGGCAAAUGGUGGGUAACUUUGGGCCUCUUUUGUCAUGGCGCCGAAACCGCAGCUCGUGUCACCAUAAUCGACAGUGUCAAAGAGUUUAUCAAGAAAAAUAUGGAUUUAUUAUACGACAUGGACCACUCUUGUUCCUGCGCAAAGGCAAAAACGCAGUAUAUCGACUGCUUAUUACGCGAAAAAUGCUUGGCAGCGCUAAAUGAAACGGAAACGCUCAAAAUUAAGGAAUGCAUGAUGGACAGCAAAUGCACAGAUCGGUAUCAAGAAGUUUCGCGCCUUUUCGAAGUGCAUCAGAAAUUUGUGACGGAACAAGGUGUUGCCACAGAUCACACGUGCAACUCGACGGUCGUGUUCACGAUCAGUUCGUCGCCAUGCGUUGCUGGCAGAUGCGGCAGGAACGGAAGGUGUUACCACUACAUGUCGGGCGGAUUUGUGUUCAGCACGUGUUUAUGUCUCCGGAAUUACCGCGGAUGGGAUUGCACGGAAGACAGUCAAGUGCCGUCCAGCUUGUCGCUCCUCGUGGCAUCACUCAUGUUGACACUCAGCAACUUACUUUUCAUUCCGAGCAUUUAUUUUGCGAUUCGUCGCGAGUACUACACCGAAUCUGUGAUUUAUUUCUUUGCCAUGUUCUUCUCGACGUUCUAUCAUGCCUGCGAUUCGGGCGAGGAGGAAUACAGUUUUUGUCUCGUCAAAAUUGGCGUGUUGCAAUUUUGCGAUUUCUACUGUGGACUUCUUGCGAUUUGGGUGACCUUGAUUGCCAUGUCGCACAUUCGACAGACCCUUGUCUCACUUCUUCACAUGUUUGGCGCCAUUUUGCUGGCAUUCGGCACGGAGUUGAAUAAGCAAUCUUUGUGGGUGUUUUUGGCGCCGGCACUCACGGGCGUUUGCAUCAUCUCGUUCAGUUGGGGCUUUCGGUGCCGCAAAACGAAGAAAUGGUUUCCUUCCAAGAAUUAUCUGGCCUUGUAUUUGCCGCUCGGUGCGAUUCUUGUGAUGAUCGGACUCGUUUGCUACGCAUUCCUCCAGACGAAGCAAAAUUACCACAUUGUUCACUCGAUUUGGCACAUGGUCAUGGCACUGAGUCUCUUGUGUCUCCUGCCGAAUCGCGAGACUUUUAAACCAAAGUGCUAGCAUCCGGUCACCAUUUAUUUACUGGAUUCAGACAAUUCGUCCUCAAAUAACUGUUAGGUUAAAUGGUCAUAUUGCACGAAGAAAAAAUAAAUGCACUCUAUAAAAAUUAUAAAAAAAAAUAAAGAAAAAAAUCAAAAUUAAUGUCAUGAACAGCAAAUGGACCGAAUUUACUGAUUUUGAAAUAUUAAUUAAAAUAAGUACCUAUUUAUUAUGAAAGUUAUUAUCAUUACAACAAAAAACAGUAAAAAGUUUCUCUACGAACGAAAAAUUAAAAAAAAAAAUAAUUAUGAAAAAAAAAUAGAAAACUGUGAACAAAAAUUGAGUGGAA